GCCACCCACCUGUGUGAAGCAGUGCCACCCACAGGUGCCCAUCAGUGUCACCCACCUGUGCCCAGCAGUGCCACCCACCUGUGCCCAACAGUGCCACCCACCUGUGCCCAGCAGUGCCCCCCACCAGUGCCCCCCAUCAGUGCUGUCCAGCAGUGCCACCCAUCAGAUCCCAGCAUCAGUGCCACCCAUCAGUGCUGCCUAUCAGUGCUCAUCCGUGCUGCCUAUCAGUGCCCAUCAUUGCUGCAUAUCAGUGGAGCAUUAUCAGUGCCAGCUCAUCAGUGCCGCCUAUCAGUGCUGCCUAUC